AUGACUAUCACAAACCACACACGAGGCACUUUACUUCAUCAUAACAUCGAUAUCAUUUGGGGACAGAAAUCGUGGACUCCAGAGCGACUAGAAACUCCGCCGAACCCAUUAUCAACUGUCCCAUUCGCACGCGAUCCAGACUUCGUCUAUCGUAGGUCCCUGCUUCAGUCGAUUCACGAGAAAAUCUCGAUCCCAGGAUCGAGAAUAGCCCUAGUCGGCCUCGGCGGUGUCGGUGAGAGGAAAUCGCAACUUGCCAUCGAAUACUCGUAUCAGAUCCGAUCAGAGUCACCAGAGACAUGGGUUAUCUGGGUCCACGCAAGCAAUGAGGCCCGAUUCGAGCAAAGUUUCCGAGACAUCGCCGACCAGCUAAAGAUCCCUACUCGUCAAGAUCCUAAAUCCAACAUAUAUAAACUGGUCGAAAACUGGCUGCAGGAUGAGAACAAGGGAAAAUGGAUUUGUAUCCUUGAUAAUGCGGAUGAUGACAAGUUCCUUUGUUCGCCUCCGGCAGCUAGGAAAGGGUCUUUAAUGAAAGCGCCACCAAACGCCUCAACGAAACCUCUUUUAGAAUACGUUCCCAGAUGUCGGAAUGGAUCUAUAAUCAUCACAAGUCGAAGCAGAGAGGCUGCGCUCAGGAUGGUCAAGCAUAAGGACCUUAUUGACGUAAACCCGAUGGCAAGGUCUGAGGCACUAGAGCUUCUUCAGAAGACUCUUGAUCAACCCGAGGAAAGCCAAGAGAGCCAACAGUUAGUAGAAGAACUCGAGUUUAUGCCGCUUGCAAUAGCCCAGGCCGCAUGCUAUAUUCGAAAUCGGGCGCCUCGCUAUUCAGUAUCACAAUACCUGAGAGACUUUCAGAAGAGCGAUAGCGAAGCGAUAAAGCUUCUCAAAAAAGAGGCCGGUCACCUUGACCGGGAUUGGGAAGCAAAGAACUCAAUUCUAGUGACUUGGCAAAUAUCAUUUAACUAUAUUCGCGACGAAAAGCCAUCUGCAGCGGAACUACUUUCUCUUAUGAGCUUUUUCGAUCGACAAGGCAUACCGGAGAGUGUUAUCCGCCAGCCACCGGCUAGCUGCACCUCAAGGACAGAACUCUUCGACAACUCUUGUGACGGGGAAACAUCUGAAUCCGACGGAGGUCUGGAAUUUGAAGAUGAUGUUACAACUUUACGGAAUUACUCAUUCAUAUCUAUUAGCGAGAAUGGGACUUCCUUUGCUAUGCAUCGACUAGUGCAACUGACUACGCGCGCAUGGCUGAAAUCUCAUGGAGAAACAGAACGGUGGAGGGAAACAUUUAUCGCUAAUGUGUACGGAGAGUUCCCUACGGGUCGAUAUGAAAAUUGGGGGAAGUGCCGGUCUCUCUAUCCUCACGUUCGGUCAGCGAUGUCUCAACGGCCAGAAUCACGAGAGUCUCUCUUGAGAUGGGCCACGCUACUUUAUAGAGGCGCAUGGUAUGCGUCAGAAAGCGGCCAUAUUGCGGAUGUAAGGGAAAUGGCAUCGAAAUCGCAAAAGCAUAGAGUCGAACUGCUAGGUGCGGAGGAUGACGAGGCCCUUGCGAGUACGGCGAUGUUGGCUGAAGCCUAUUCACUAGAAGGCCGAUGGGAGGAGGCGGAACAGCUCUUCGUGCAGGUCAUGGAGACUCGCAAGACGAAGCUCGGCGUGGACCAUCCCGACACGCUGACGAGUAUGGCCAACCUGGCAUCGACGUAUAGGAACCAGGGCCGAUGGGAUGAGGCUGAACAGCUCAACAUGCAGGUCAUGGAGACUCGCAAGAUGAAGCUCGGUGUGGACCAUCCCGACACGCUGACGAGUAUGGCCAACCUGGCAUCGACGUAUUGGAACCAGGGCCGAUGGGAGGAGGCUGAACAGCUCAACAUGCAGGUCAUAGAGGCAAGGAAGACGAAGCUCGGCGUGGACCAUCCCGACACGCUGACGAGUAUGGCCAACCUGGCAUCGACGUAUAGGAACCAGGGCCGAUGGGAUGAGGCGGAACAGCUCGACGUGCAGGUCAUGGAGACUCGCAAGACGAAGCUCGGUGUGGACCAUCCCGACACGCUGACGAGUAUGGCCAACCUGGCAUCGACGUAUUGGAACCAGGGCCGAUGGGAGGCGGUGGAACAGCUCGACGUGCAGGUCAUGGAGACUCGCAAGACGAAGCUCGGCGUGGACCAUCCUGACACGCUGACGAGUAUGGCCAACCUGGCAUCGACGUAUAGGAGCCAGGGCCGAUGGGAGGAGGCGGAACAGCUCUUCGUGCAGGUCAUGGAGACUCGCAAGAUGAAGCUCGGCGUGGACCAUCCUGACACGCUGACGAGUAUGGCCAACCUCGCUUCCACCUGGAAAUCCUUAGGGUAUAAUACCCAAGCUCUCGAGUUACUACGAGAUUGCCUGGCCAGGCAGCAGCAAAUACUUGGGAGCAAUCAUCACCAUACCAUAUCCGGUUCUCAAACCUUGCUGGAGUGGGAAACAGAGAUGUUGGAUAUUGGUAAUAAAUGA